UUUACCGAAUGGCCAUUUAAUGUCUAGCUAGCGUAACGGUGAGUUUCCUAACGGGCUAAUAUCGAUCGCAUGGUAUAAUUUAACGAACUAACAAUGAAGUACGAUGUUCUCUGAUGAAUAUCGGUUUUCUAUAACGUAACGUAGUUGCACUGGUGCUGUCUGGUUGUCGUCAACACCAUCUAACCGCUAUAUGAAUGUUGUGUCUUUUGUUUUGGCCUCGUUCGCUUGAACGUUUCGGAACAGCUAAUAAGAAAGCUCGCUAUUGUUAGCCACUGGGAUGAAACAUUUUUACUCAGUUUCACUUCUUUAAAUGUAGUAUAUGACGCUGAAUUUAGUCGUUGAAAAGAUUACAGAGGAACUGAAAAGGUGGAGUUGCUGUAUGCUUAGUAACUGUUUGCUUUGUAUAUGUUUAUCCCCAUCUCGGUGUGUUGUCAUUGUACCAUGUCCCACAAUCACGCCCAUUUCUCUGGCAGCCGUCCAGGCUCUGCAGAGUACCUGCACCAGGCAGGUGUCAGAGGAUUGCCAAGGGAAUGGCCUUCUAAGCAUGAUACACUUAUGAAAAUGCAUGGUCAUUUUCUUCUCAUAUCAGGUUGAGUUGUCUCUACAGGGGAAGAUGUGCAAUGGAAUGAUAGAGUCAACAUCAAAAGCCUGUUUGGCCCGCACCUCAGCCACUAAGCGAUCCCUCGUACUGCUGGUGGUAUUUUCUGCAGUGUCCACCGGACAAGGGACAGGAUGUGUGAGGCCUUACAUGGUCCAGAACAGCUGGGUAAACCUCACCGAAACCAACAGGGGCUCGUUCCCUGUGGGCACAGUACUGAAGUACAGCUGUGACCCUGGUUACCUACCCGAUGGACCCAGCAUUCUCACCUGCACCACACAGGGACGCUGGACCUCUGACCCUCCUCGCUGUAUACGCAGCGGUGCUUGUCUACCCCUCUCCAAACCUGAGAAUGGGGGCUACACCUGUCACCCAACCCCUUGUCGAAUGUUUUCUCAUGGCACUGUCAUCGAGUUCUUCUGUGAUGAGGGCUUCAUUCUCACCGGGGACUAUUAUUACCUGACCUGUCAGGAUGGACAGUGGGACGGCCCCAUGCAGAUCAGCUGUGUGAGCCAAGGUUGUAUAAGGCCAUCUACAGUGCAGCAUGGAACAACUAACCUAACAGACACCAACAGGAACCUGUUUCCAGUGAGCACAGUACUGCAGUACAGCUGUGACCCUGGUUACCUGCCAGAUGGACCAAGCAUCCUCACCUGCACUUCACUGGGACAGUGGUCUUCUGAGCCUCCUCACUGCGUACACAGUGACGGCUGUAUACGACCCUCUACUGUGCAGCACGGCUCGACUAACCUGACAGAAACCAACAGAAGCUCAUUCUCAGUGGGAACAGUUCUGGAGUACCACUGUGAUCCGGGUUACCUGGCAGAUGGACCCAGUGUCCUCACCUGCACCACCUCAGGACACUGGACCUCUCAACCUCCUCGUUGUGUACGCAGCGACGUGUGCCAGUCUCCAUAUCAACCAGAGAAUGGGGGCUACACCUGCCACCCCUCCUCGUGUGGGAGACUUUCUCACGGUACCGUGGUUGAAUAUUUCUGUGAUGAAGGCUAUAUUCUGAAAGGGGACUACAAAUACCUGACCUGUCAGUACGGGGAAUGGGACAGUCAAAUGAAGAUAAGCUGCAUCAUGGAACAAGACCGGGAUACAACCCUACCACUGGGGAUGCCUGCCUUGUCCAUAGUGGCAUCCACAGCCAGCUCGGUGGCUCUGAUCCUGCUUCUGGUGGUUCUGUUUGUACUUCUGCAGCCAAAACUUAAGUCCCUUCACCGGCGUGACCAGGGUGUGACAGGCCAGCCUGUGUCCAUCAUGGUGGAGGGAGUCCAGGUGACUCUGCCCUCCUAUGAAGAAGCUGUGAGUGGUAGCAGAGCCUCGUCAUCAGCUCUCAGCUCAGAGUCUCGGGUUCAGAUAGUGCUGUCCGAGGGUCAGCACGUCACAGCACCUGAGGCAGGCCCCUCUCGACCUUCGUCCCUCAAACAGCAACAGUCAGAGAUGGCUGUGGUCCACCCUGUACCACCAUCCUCAUCAUCCUCUCCAUCACCCUCUCCCUCAUCCUCCACCUGGGUACUGGAGCAAGUAGGCGCUGCCGCUCCUUCGUCCUCACAAAGACGGCGGUCAGCUGGUAGUGAGCAACACAGCCUGUCUCUGGACUCUGAGUUUGACUACUCUGAUGAUAUGCCCUUACUGAAGGAGGCCUGAGAACUGCUCCAGCCUUUGGACUUUACAGAGACAACCAGCAUUGCUUUUAACUUGUACUGUGAGGGGGACGCCUCCUGAGAGUUUGUCAACACAGCUGUCUACACAGACGAGUCCGACAAGAGAGGCUCUGAGUGAAGAUGUGAGUCACAGGGAAAAGAUCCUGUGUCCAUCCCAAAGGAGAAGAAAGAAGAGAUUCAUGUGUACAUACAUGCUUACUUUUUUAUUGGAACUCCCACACUAUGUAUGUAUGUCUAAUGUCUGGAGCUGGGUUUGAAAAUGUAGAAGAAAAACAAAAGAAUGGGCGUUGAAAGAGUUUGUCUUAAAAUCCUGAAUGAGCAAAGCUGCAAACUCAUUUUGGGAGCGAAUAAUUUCACCAGUGUCUUGAUAACUGUACUUUUCAUAAAAUACAUAUCACACCAUUUGAGACACAAAGAUGUAUAAAUCAUGCACACUCACAAAGAUUUGUUUUGUAAAAAUGCAUUAGUAUUUAUGAUUUUUUAAUCACUACUCACAUCAUUCCACAUCCCACUGUACAGUUAAAGGCUGUUUUACACCCCAGUAUUAACUUUUUCAUGUCUUUUGCAUCUGACUGUGGGCAAACUUUUUUAAGACUUGUUUCACGCCUGCAUUCAACACAUUUUGUCCUUACUAAGAGUCCAAAUGUAUUAGCUUCACACACACACCCCCCUGCUCCCAAUGGCCUUAGCUUUCCACUUCUAUGCACAAGUACCUAAAUAUGUUAAAUAAGGAGUUGAAUGUCAGUAAAAUGCCUCCACUGCUUAGUGAUUUUACUUGUGGCUUUGUCAGACACUUGUACAACAGGAAAUAUUAUUCUGUUAAUUUAUGCAGGCUGCUUGGAUAUUCCUGUUUGAAGUCUUAACAGGGAAAUGUGUUUAAUUUAUUUGUGUACACAACGCUGUUGAUCAGCCAUGACUUAUUUUGAUGCUUUCACAGCUCUUUUUCACUUUGUCGCUUUAGUUUUCUGCUGGUACGUUUAUAUGUGGCUCUGUGGACAAAGAGCCAACACAAAAACGAAGUGUAGAUAUUCAGUGUAAAGUCAGUGUUCACUUUUUUCAACUGUCCAUUAAAUUUACUUUCGGACUGAGGAAGGGAAUUUUAUUACUUUUAGUGAGGAAGUUGCUUUAAUGUUUGUAAAAAGUUCUAAUUUAAGUUUACGCUGUAUAUACCAUAUGGUCAUUUUGAUUAAAUAUUAAAUGAUGUGUUCA